CAUGACUGGGGACGUGAGCAGAAGCUGAGCAAAUGCUGUGUUUUCUAAGUUCCAGCUUUGGCAGAGUCGAAGCGGCGGUUUUAGUGGUUAGCGCCGAGUCUCCUGUGGCCUUUCUGGGCCAACGAGGUCUGCUGAGAACAGACCCGGUGCCCGAGGCAGGAGAGGAUGCUGCUGCCGCCAUCAGUGUCACGGAGACCCUGUCCGAGGAGGAGCAAGAAGAGCUGAGGAGCGAGCUCGCGAAGGUGGAAGAGGAGAUCCAGACUCUGUCUCAGGUGCUGGCCGCGAAGGAGAAGCACCUGGCGGAGAUCAAGCGGAAGCUGGGCAUCAGUUCCCUCCAGGAGCUCAGGCAGAACAUCGCCAAAGGGUGGCAGGACGUGACGGCGACGCCUGCAUACAAGAAGACAUCUGAAACCUUGUCUCAAGCCGGACAGAAGGCAUCGGCUGCUUUUGCAUCGGUGGGAUCGGUCAUCACCAAGAAGCUGGAAGACGUCAAAAACUCCCCAACUUUCAAAUCAUUUGAAGAGAAAGUUGAAAACCUAAAGGGCUCUCUGAAAGGCGUGGAAUCCUUCGCGUCUAUGCUGAGACAUUCUCCUCUCACUCAGAUGGGACCUGCCAAGGAUAAAAUCGUCAUUGGGCGAAUCUUCCAUAUUGUGGAGAAGGAUCUUUACAUAGAUUUUGGCGGCAAGUUUCAUUGCGUGUGCACAAGACCAGAAGUGGACGGAGAGAAAUACCAGAUCGGAGCCAGAGUCCGGCUGCGGCUGCUGGAUCUUGAACUGACGUCCAGGUUCCUGGGAGCGACCUCAGACACGACUUUACUGGAGGCGGAUGCCGUGCUCCUGGGGCUCCAGGAGAGCAGAGACUCCAGAGCACGAGAGGAGCCUCGCGAGCAGUGAAUGGACUUGCUUAGUGCCCUCCCUCCUUCGUGGUACAACCCAGACAGUCAUCAGCAAUGCAGUUAGAAACUGACUAAAUGAUUGAAAGAAGACACUGAAAGCGGUAAUUGUAGCUCUUGUUUGUUAGAGUUUCCUUAGCUGUGCCUCCCUUCCCCUUUUUGUACCAUUUUCCCCUGUGUUUGGGAUAGUGUAACCUGUACUGAGCAAUGUGUGAUUGAAUAAACACGCUGUGAGCUGUG